AUCCCAUUCACUCAGCUCCUAAAUCAGCCUCUUUUAACAAGAACCAACCCUUCCAGAAUCUAUCAACUCCCAGUUAUCCCACCCAUUAUCAUUACAGUCGUACUCAGGAAUUCAAACAAAGACACCUGAAACACCUUUGCAAUCUGAUCGGCUGUUGUUUGACACCUGCCAAACCGUCUUUGCACCUUUCCGCGGGGGUGUCAAGUUUCUAAACCAGUCAUCAUUCAUCAAUCAACAGUGAUCAGCCAAGGGACCAACCCACCCUCGUCUCCUCACUCCUCACUCCUCCUUCUCACCCUGUCCAGCCUGUUCACCCUACUCAUCUCAUCUCAGUUCACCUCCCCUACGGUCCCAACGAUCCAUUCGUUUCUCGAUCCCCUCAACUCGAUCUCGAGUCACUCAAGAAUGAUCACCCUCUCUUGAGACAACGACUCUCCACACUCUUUUGGCCCCGUUUUGUUUGUCGUUUGUUGUCUUCCAAGGUACAGGCGACCUCACACUCGUUGGAAAUCCAUCUUCUACAUACCGUUACCAUCACCUCCUACACCACAAGCCCCUUCCAUCUUUCUUCCUCUCAAAAUGUCGGCAAAUGAUUAUUAUACCGCGCAGCCUGCGAAUCCAUACAGUCGACCUCAGUACCUUCCAGACACCCAAAACCAACAACUGUCUGCUCCCGACCGAUACAAUCCUUCGUACAGCGCUUCUUCUUUGGAUCAAUCCAAUUCGCAUCUUCCUUCAGCUGCCGACUCUCGGCCACACCAUUAUGACCGCAAUGACUCUAAUUCAUAUGCACCAUACAAUGCACCAAUCCCUUUGAAACAACAACAAAGCCUCAAUACCAAUCAAGAUGACUGGCGAUUGCACGCCAACCAAUAUCCCCCUUCUCCAGAAUCCCAGGGCCCUGUUCCUCCGUUAAUUCAACCACAUAAAUCCAAGAAAAAGAAGGGUUUCUUCUCCGGCAAGAUCCCAUGGGUGGUGUACAUCGUGAGCCUCGUGCAGAUCACCGUUUUCAUUGUCGAGAUCAUCAAGAACUCCAUCAUCACCGGAUCUCCCAUCAUGAUCAAGCCACAAUUUAAUCCAAUGAUCGGUCCAUCGACCUAUGUCCAGAUCAACAUGGGUGCUCGCUUUGUCCCCUGCAUGAGAAGAGUCCCGGGUGUACAAGAUGCCACGGAACCAAUCAAUUGGCCAUGUCCAAAUACCACCACUUCAGAUCCCAACGAUCCAAGCAACCAGUGUACCUUGGCUGAACUAUGUGGCUUCUCUGGCUUCAACGAAGAACAUCCCAACCAAUGGUUCCGAUUCAUUGUGCCCAUGUUUCUACAUGCUGGGCUCAUUCAUAUUGCCUUCAACCUGGUCUUACAAUUCACCCUGGGCCGCGAAAUGGAGAAGUCUAUCGGUAGUAUCCGUUUCGCCUUGAUCUACUUUAGUUCAGGGAUUUUCGGUUUUGUCCUUGGUGGCAACUUUGCCGCGACCGCUAUUGCUUCGACUGGCGCAUCUGGUUGUUUAUUUGGAAUCCUGGCACUCGUCCUUCUCGAUCUAAUUUACACCUGGAAUGAACGACGAAGUCCGGUCAAAGAUUUGAUGUGGAUUCUCGUCGACAUCAUCAUUUCUUUUGUCCUGGGCCUGUUACCCGGUCUAGACAAUUUCUCACAUAUUGGUGGAUUCUUGAUGGGGCUAGGAAUGGGGGUUUGUCUACUACAUUCGCCAAACAUUCUUCGCGAACGUAUUGGAGAGACGAAGAACAUGCCCUACAACAACAUGGGCUCAGAUCCUGAUCUGACCAAUCCCAAGGCCAGCUUGAUCUCUGGCCCACAACAGCCCACUGCAAAGCCAGCCGACAUGGGAGCUUUUGCUAGACAGCCAGUCAACUUUUUCAAAGGUCGCAAGCCUCUCUGGUGGGCAUGGUGGUUGUUGAGAGCCGGAGCACUGAUUGGUGUUCUCGUGGGCUUUAUCGUCCUUUUGAACAACUUUUACAAAUAUCACGAUACAUGUUCUUGGUGCAAGUACUUGAGUUGCUUGCCGGUGAAUGGAUGGUGUGAAUUGGGUAAUCUCACUUUUGAUCAGAGUGAUUCCAACUCGAGCAACAAGAAGAGAGCGUUGAUGGAGUUGGGUUCGAUUAUGGCACCGGGAUUGAAGUCACACUGAUUAUCAGUUUAUGGACAAAUCAGUGCGAUAUUCCAUAAGUUGUCGGGUGGACAAGAGCCCGAGGGCCUCCUUUCAGUGACCUAGAUGGUCAUGAUACAAAAUAAUGACACAACACAAAAAUUGCAUAUACAGCAAUUGUUAGUCCUAGUCGAACAAACAUAAUGACAAUCAGGCGUUGGGUACGAGUACUCGAGCAUUUGGAACAAUUUACUUGGUUGAUUAAUG